GGAAGUAGUCGGACUUUUGCUUUGGAAAGCCUCUACCCACAGGUCUCCAUUAUUCUUCCUGGCUUGACGGUCCGAAGAGCGACGGUUAUAACUCUAAAUCUGCCAAAGACGAUAAAAACCUGCAUUAUAUCGGUGCAUUUGGCUCCAUAUCUCAUGAGCUGUACGCUGUGUGCACAAAAUGGAUAAAAGAGCCGACAGUGCAGGUGCAGUUAGAAGCUCCCUCCCCCUGGCCUCUCUCCGCUUGCUGGCUUCCCCUCUGCAGCUGACGUACUCGUAUAUAUGGCAGGUCAUAUUGCAGAGGAAUGUAAAGCAGUACAGCAAAGUGGAGGAGUUUGUGACGAUGGUGACCCAGACCGUUCCCGAACUCAUGAGUUUUAAGCAAACCGCCCAGCUCCUCUUGGGGUUGCGAGCGAGGAUCAUUUUGGAGCUGCUCCGUAAAGAGGGUACACCUGACUCCCGGACUAUUCAGGCGCUCAUAAACAAGUUAAAAGUCUGCGGCUCCUUGGGGAAGGAGAGUGAAGUGGAGAAGUCUCAGACAAAUUUCAUGGUGUUAGUCCAGAGUUUGCUUAAAAACCCUGCGGAGAGGAAACGCUUCUUUCAGGAUGUGUUCCCCGCGCAGUACGGAUCAAAGUUUGAUACGGCGCUGCAGGCUCUGGUUGCAGGGCUGGUGUGCAAACUGGAGCAGCUUCUCCCUGUGCCCAAUCUCUCCCAGCUUGGUUCCAUGAUCUCAAGUGAGCCCUCAAACCUGGAGGCGUGUGGAAACUUCAUACCCAAUACUGGGGACCUGAAGACCCUCCUCCUCUAUCAGCAAGCCAAGGGAAUCCUCAGUACUAAAGCAACCAUCUCAUCCUCUGUGGGUGACUGCGUGCUCUCUUCACUUGCCUUCCGGCCUAGCCCAGUAGAACCCCCAGAAUCACCAGGGCGAUUAGAGGUCGCCCUAAACACCACAAGUCCUGCCUCCCUCAGCGACACAGAAGACUUGGGAGUGAUGUCAGAUAAUUCAGAUGACCCAGUAACCCCUGUUAAUCGAGCACAGAGGAGAACAAGAUACAGUGAGACAAGAUCUGAUGGUGAUGCUGUAAAGGCAAAGAGUUUCACUCCCGUAACACCAGGAGACAGUAGCAAUCAGGGAAAGAGCGGGGAGGGUUCCACCACAGAGCAGGCUACAACUCCCCAGGGUAGUGGGGUCGAUGUAACACCAUCACAACCCAAAGUUGGAGUAACACCAGAGAAACCAGAGUUACAAAAGCUGCCCUUAAAAUCAAUCCCUUUCAAGAUAGUUCAAGUGCCGGUGAAAAGUGGUUCCAACUUGCAGAAUGCUGGCGGUGCUGGAGCAGGAGACGGUCAGCAAAAGCCUCUGACUCAGCGAGUCACAUUGCACCAGUGGGUCUCACAAAUUGCCACUAACACCCUCUCUCUCCCAGUCUUGCCACCACUUCCUCCACCCAGGCUGGGCGCAGGGGGUGGCUCGAAGCAAAGCAUCAAAAGAAAAAAGCAAGUUAAGCCUCCAGCUGACAGAUAUAUGUGCAAUGUCUGUGAUAAGAGCUUCCCCUAUCAGUCGAAGUUAAUAGAUCACCAGCGCAUUCACACAGGGGAGAAGCCUUUUAUGUGCACGGCAUGCAGCAAGAGUUUCAGAACACAGGCUUUCCUGAACAACCACCUAAAGACCCACAGCACAGCGCGUCCCUACGUUUGUGGCCAGUGUGGCAGGAGUUUCCCCAAAUUGCAGAGCUUGAGGAAGCACAUGCUUGUCCACAGUGGCCAGAAACCCUUCUACUGCAACAUCUGUAACAAGGGUUUCACACAGUCCACCUAUUUCAAAAGACACAUGGAGUGCCACACCAGCCAGAUGAGUUUCCCUUGCAAGCACUGCAACAAGAGCUUCCCAACAUCGUUCAAGCUGGCGAACCACGAGCGCUGGCACACUCGGGAGCGUCCUCAUAUGUGCGAGCGCUGCGGAAAGCGAUUCCUUGUCCCCAGUUUGUUGAAGAGACACAUGGGAUAUCAUAUCGGUGACCGUCAGUAUCUGUGCUCUCAGUGUGGAAAGACCUUCGUCUAUUUGUCUGACUUGAAGAGGCACCAGCUGGAUCAUGUACCCAAGACCAAGAUCCCAUGCCCUGUUUGCCAAAAGAAGUUUGCCAGUAAGUACUGCCUGAGAGUCCACUUAAGGAUUCACACCAGAGAGAAACCAUACAGAUGUUCCCUAUGUGAGAAGUGCUUCACUCAGAUCGGGAAUCUGAAGGUGCACAUUAGGUUACACAGCAACGAACGCCCUUACAGCUGUGACGUGUGCGGGAAAACCUACAAGCUGGCCUCGCAUCUGAACGUCCACAAAAGGACUCAUACGUGCAAGAAGCCCUGGACGUGUGACACGUGCGGGAAGGGGUUCUCCGUCCCCGGCCUCCUGAAGAAACACGAGCAGCUUCACACGAGGGAGGCCGCCGGAUAUCCGAGUAAACGGCGGCACAGGAGUAAACACAAGAAGCACUCCCUCAAGAGGAAGUACGACGAAGAGGAUGAUGGCAGCGAUGAUUAUUGAGUUUAUGAAGCGCGGUGACGUCCGCAGUCCUGUUUCUACUGUGCACCCGUGCCGUUAUGUCCUGUUUGUGGAGCUGCGUACCAAAAUGACAAAUCCACCUUUUGAAAGUACCUUCUCUUUGAAGAUGUUCAUGUAAUUCUAAUGUUAUUAGUGCUCCUACAGUAAGAACUUAGACCACUUUGUCACAUUUUGAAUAAUGAUGUAAGGUAGUGUUAGAGCAUUUUUAUUUUAAACAUUCUUUUCAGAGUGGUAAAUGGUUGUUAUACAUUUUCAGUCUUUGUAAAGGUUGCAUUCAUCAGACUUGUAUUUUAAUUGCGCUGGUUUCAUAAAACCAUCAUGUCCCAUAAGUCAAGCUCAUCAAGAAGCUGCCUGAGCAUAUGGACAAAAUUGUUUGUUCAAGGUUUUAAUGCAUUCACUCACAAAAUAAAAGUUGAAGGGCAUGUAUACUAGUCAGCAGUAGCCUACACAAAAGUUCCUUCGAUACCCUUGACGUUUUUAGAACACAGAUGAGCAUCAUGUACAUAAUAUUUGAAAGUGUAAAAAUACUGUGUGUGACUGAUAAUGCCUUCUCUGUAGUUAAAUGUAGUGGUGAUCCUUCUGAAAAUUUGCAGCUUUGUCACAACUUCCUUUUUUUGUGGAGGAUUACAUUGCUAAAAUCAUUUUGCCACAUACUCGCUGUAAAAAAAAAAACUUGCCUAUUACUCACCCUUUGUUUUAGAGCAAAAUUAAGCAAAAUUAUGUUUUUUUUUUUUUUUUUUUAAAGCACCACUGCUGCAGAAAUACAAGGAAACACAGGUCAUUUUGAUGUAGCUUGGACACAAACAUUUGUUGAACCAUCAUCAGUUGUAUAAAAUGGUUUUGGUUGGCAUCUUAACCUAGCCCAUUGAUUAUUCUGUUGUGAGCAAUCAUGUAAAACAAAUAAGCCUACAUGUAGUGUACCUGAAAUACUCGUUGGAUAUUUUCUGUUUUUGAAGUUUUACAGAAAAAUAAAUAUCCAUAGAAAAGAA